AAGAGUAAAAACGGAUACCUUUUCAACCAUACAUAUAAAUAUAUAUAUACAUAUAUAUAUAUAUAUAUACAUAUAUAUAUUAGGUUAAUACCUGAUCAUUACAAAUUUUACGUGAAUUUCGCGUUACCUUGCAAGAUCGAAGCAUGAAGAUCGUCAGUGUUAUCGCAUUAACGGUACUGAGCCUAGUCAAUGCCAAACCGGAACCUCCAGUGAAUCAGUACUUACCACCAAAUCAACAGUAUGCGCCACAAGGAAACGGUAUAGAAUAUCCUGGUAUCUCUAGAGUACCUAGUGGUCCAGGUACUCCAAGUGGUUCCAAUGGUCCUAGCGGUCCUGGUGGAUUGGCGAACAAUCAAUAUCUUCCUCCUAACGGACAGAUCAAUUCACUUGUAAAUGGAGGAUACAACAGCGAUGCCAAUGACACUCCAGCCAAGUAUGACUUUGAAUACAUGGUGAAUGAUCAGGAAACCGGAAAUGAUUUUGGUCACAAAGAAAAUCGAGAUGGAGACUUAACCAGGGGUGUCUACUAUGUUUUGUUACCGGAUGGUCGUCGUCAAACCGUAGAGUACGAAGCUGAUCAAGAUGGUUUCCGGCCCAAAGUGACCUACACUCAGGAAGGUAAUGGAAUUGGAAACGGAAAUGGAGGUGGAAAUGGAAAUCAGGGAUAUCCUGAUUCCAAUUCCGGUUACAGAUAUUAAAUACUGAAAUAUCAAGUCAACAUAGAAUAUCCAAGAUCUAUAUUGAUCUGAUUUCUCAAAACCGAGACCAUACCCGAUAUAGCGCCAUCCCUGUAAUAUAGUUCAUUAAUCUAAACUCAUCAAGCAAGCAGUGCUAAAUUAUAUUAAUAUAAUUAUAUUUAACAAAUCUAAAUACAUAUAUAUACUUGUCAAAGGAUAGUUAUGAGGAUGCGUGACACUCACAACGGCAAGCCUAUACGUUUUUUUCUAAAAAAAAAUAAACCUUCAGACAUGUAGCAUUAGAGUUAUAAUCUAAUCUAACCAAAAGAAACCAUUUGUUAGCCCAUCAACUCCGAGUGUCUAGCAUGGAAAAUUUUUGGAAAAAUUUGAUGGGAGUGCCGCUUUAUGAUCCUGACAGUAUAUCUUACGUAUCAAAAUGCUAUCAGGCCCGUCCUAACAAACACCGAAUGUCCUCAUAACUACCAAUACUCAAGACAAAAAGUCCUGAGAACUACCCUUCUUAAAAAUAUACAUAUAUAAAUCAAUCAAUCAAUCUGUUCUCAUUACAUCAAAGAGUCACUUCCUCAUAAAACCAUCCUAUGUCCCAUCGUUAGCAAAUAUAUAAGGUACUCAUAAAGUAACUUCCCAAUAUCCAGUCGUUUAGAAUAAAAUUUUUGAAACUGAAA